AUGGCUGAAGGAAUCGAUCGGCAGGCGGACGAGAAGAUGGAGUUUUCCACCUCGAAGGAGGUGACGGUGGCGCCAACCUUCGAGGCCAUGCACUUGAAAGAGAAUCUAUUGCGCGGCAUCUAUGCAUACGGUUACGAGUCGCCCUCAGCAGUGCAGUCUCGCGCCAUUGUGCAGAUUUGUAAAGGUCGCGAUACCAUUGCACAAGCUCAGUCCGGCACAGGAAAGACAGCAACCUUCUCUAUCUCAAUCCUCCAAGUCAUCGAUACGGCUGUCCGGGAGACACAAGCUUUGGUUCUCUCACCCACUCGCGAACUCGCGACUCAGAUUCAGUCCGUCAUAAUGGGCCUCGGCGACUACAUGAAUGUGCAGUGCCACGCGUGUAUCGGAGGCACGAACGUUGGCGAGGACAUCCGCAAGCUCGAUUAUGGACAACACGUUGUUUCCGGGACGCCUGGCCGUGUAGCCGACAUGAUCCGCCGCCGGAACCUUCGAACACGCAAUAUCAAGAUGCUUGUUUUGGAUGAGGCAGACGAACUUCUCAACCGUGGUUUUCGAGAGCAGAUUUACGAUGUUUACCGUUAUCUCCCUCCCGCUACUCAGGUCGUCGUCGUCUCGGCUACCCUCCCUUAUGACGUCCUUGAAAUGACCACAAAGUUUAUGACUGAUCCUGUUCGCAUUCUCGUUAAGCGCGACGAGUUGACACUGGAAGGCCUUAAGCAGUACUUCAUUGCGAUCGAGAAGGAAGAGUGGAAGUUCGACACACUGUGUGACCUCUACGACACCCUGACAAUCACGCAAGCGGUCAUCUUCUGCAAUACGCGCCGCAAGGUUGACUGGUUGACGGACAAGAUGCGUGAAGCAAACUUCACCGUUUCAUCCAUGCAUGGAGACAUGCCGCAACGAGAGCGUGAUAGUAUCAUGCAAGACUUCAGACAGGCGAACUCGCGCGUUCUUAUCUCCACUGACGUCUGGGCUCGCGGAAUCGAUGUGCAACAGGUGUCACUGGUGAUCAACUAUGAUCUUCCGUCCAAUCGUGAAAACUAUAUCCACAGGAUCGGUCGCAGUGGCCGCUUUGGACGCAGAGGCGUGGCUAUCAACUUCGUCACACAGGAAGAUGUGCGCAUCCUCCGAGAUAUUGAGUUGUAUUACUCUACUCAGAUCGACGAGAUGCCGAUGAAUGUCGCCGAUCUUCUUUCUUAG